AUGUCAGGACUUAAAGAAGAACUAGACCCAUUCACAUAUUUGAAUGUUUACUUCUACCAUUUUGAAAAGUCUACAUUUGACAAAGUUUGGAACAUCGAACCAGUUAAGUUUGCUAUUGUGACUAAAAAUGGUGCGAAAUUUGAAGACUUAGACAUAGAAGGUUUGUUAACAGUCAAGGAAAAUUUUGACAGAAGGUUCUCAAACCUUAAAGAAGGCAAAGCAUACAAACUUGUUAUACCUUAUGAACCAAAGAAAGCAGACGACUAUGAAUAUUAUGAGUCUAAGAUAGUUGAAGUUCAAGGUAAAUUAGGUAAAAAGAUUUUAGAGUCUAAGCCGGUGUUUGCUCCUAAAGAGGAAGAGAACAUUGACAUUGACCCAGAAAUGUUCUAA